UGCGCCUGCUUUACCGGCGGAGAUGUUGCGGUUAGGCGUCCUCUGUCUGUGGCGGCGGAGAUCUCUGGUGUUUGAGGUCCCCGCAAAGAACCUCGGCCUUAGAAAGGUUGCUUCCGGCGUCUCUCCCCCGGGCAGCACCUCGCCCAGAGCCCUAAAUAUCUUCGACCGGGAUUUGAAGAGAAAACAGAAGAACUGGGCGGCCCGGCAGCCCGAACCCAUGAAGUUUGACUAUCUGAAGGAGGAGGUUGGAAGCCGGAUUGCAGACCGCGUAUAUGACAUAGCUAGAAAAUUUUCCCUUGCUUUGGAUGUUGGUUGUGGAAGAGGUUACAUAGCACAGCAUUUGAAUAAGGAAACUGUUGGAAAGUUCUUCCAAGUAGACAUUGCAGAAAAUGCGUUGAAAAAUACCUUAGAAAUGGAAAUCCCUACUGUCAGUGUUUUAGCUGAUGAAGAGUUCCUUCCCUUCAGAGAAAAUACAUUUGACCUGGUAGUUAGCAGCUUAAGUUUACACUGGGUGAAUGACCUUCCUAGAGCACUUGAACAGAUUCAUUAUGUUUUAAAACCAGAUGGAGUGUUUAUUGGUGCAAUGUUUGGAGGCGACACACUCUAUGAACUUCGGUGUUCGUUACAGUUAGCAGAAACAGAAAGGGAAGGAGGAUUUUCUCCACAUGUUUCUCCUUUCACUGCUGUCAAUGACCUAGGACAUCUGCUUGGGAGAGCUGGCUUUAAUACACUGACUGUGGAUACUGAUGAAAUUCAAGUUAACUAUCCUGGGAUGUUUGAAUUGAUGGAAGAUUUACAAGGUAUGGGUGAGAGUAACUGUGCUUGGAAUAGAAAAGCCCUGCUGCACCGAGACACGAUGCUGGCGGCUGCAGCGGUGUAUGGAGAAAUGUACGGAAAUGAGGAUGGUUCAGUACCUGCCACAUAUCAAAUCUAUUACAUGAUAGGAUGGAAAUACCAUGAUUCACAGGCCCAACCAGCUGAAAGAGGUUCAGCAACUGUGUCAUUUGGAGAGCUGGGAAAAAUAAAUAAUCUUAUGUCACAGGAGAAAAAAUCACAAUAAAUAUUUUAUCCAGUGUUAAUGUAGUCCAGAAUUUUCAUCAGAGUUGGAUAAUUUUCACGUCUGAAAUUACUACAUUUUGCAGCAGGAAGUCUAUAAGUGGGGUGCCUGGG